CUAUAAAACGAAGCCAAUUUUAACAUGCCCAAAUCCUCCCCUCCAUCUCCCACCAUCUCUACCUCUUAUCUCCCCACCAUGGACGACGGCGGGCAGCAUCAUGGAUUCAAACUCAGCCCUGAACUCAUCGGCCUAAUUGGCGUUGCAGCUGGAGCCAUAAUCGUCGCGACGUACCAAUGCCUUGUCAACCACAUUUGUUGCAGCCAAAUGCGCGUAGAAAACAACAUACAACAAGAACAAACACAAAAUGAACAUGAACAGCGUCUUCAAGGGCAUCACAUCAACCAAAACCUCAGAUCAACAACUGCACGCAGCGUUAACUCGCCCUCCUAUGAUCAGUUGAUCCCGGUUUUCAAGUACACCAAGGAAUGCAGAGAAGGAACCUGCGCCGUUUGUUUGUGUGAAUUUACCGACGGUGAGAACAUCCGUGUACUGCCGGAAUGUGUGCACUUGUUUCAUGUGGGGUGCAUUGACAUGUGGCUCAGCUCCCACUCUAACUGCCCUCUUUGUCGAACUGAUAUUAUUCCUAGACGAGCACCGCAGCAUGUUGUUCCUCCUCCGCAAGAUGUUGUGACUCCUCCUCUGCAGAAUACUUUGCCUUCACCACAACAUGUUGUGAUAUUGAUGCCAAAUUUCGGCGCGGUUCAUAGUAUGAGUACUUGAUCUUUGGAGUCAUGGAUUGAUGGCUUUUAUUUUUGAGUUGCUUAAACUACUUUUGUUUAAAAGAGUGUAUCUAGUUAGACUUGCUCAAAUUAGCGGGUGUUUUGGUGAAUGAAGAAAAAUGGAGGAGGUUUCAUAUUAGUGUGAUGAUUUUGCCACUCCA